AAACAAUUUAGCUUAUAAUGAUUGUUCAUCUAUUCCACAUAUCCAUAUAUAGCAUAACAACAUGAAUAAAGUAUUUGUCUACCUCUGAUAUAUACUACUUCCUUUUAUCCAUUUAGCGUUCCAAGAAACAGCCAACUAAAAUUCCUUCACAGCUUCACCUAACCAACAAAGUGCUGCAAUGGAAGGACUGAGCAAAAUCUUCUCUCUUCCAGAGGCUCCUCCAAGUCCAAGUACCCCAUUGCAGAAUCCACAGGAGAAGAAGAAGAAGAAAAAUAUAGAGCAAUCUGUGGAGGAAGAAGAAGAAGAAGAGAAGGACACAAAGGUGGAAAGUUUAUUGGAUCUGAAUGUUUGUAGCACUGAUGACUCUGCUCUUGAUUGCAGUACAGAAGGACCAGAACUCAAUCUCAUAACCUGUUUGGAUGUGGGUUCUUCACCUGAUGCUAAUUCAUCAGAAACCAACCCUCUUGGUUGUUCUGAGGCAGAGCCAAGAGUGUUCUCUUGCAACUACUGCCAUAGGAAAUUCUACAGUUCACAAGCACUUGGGGGUCACCAAAAUGCACACAAGAGGGAGAGGUCAAUAGCAAAAAGAAGUCAUCAUCAUCAUCACAGGUUUGGAACACAAAUAUUGGCCUCAGCAGCAGCUUUUGGUUUUCCUUUUGGGCAUAGCAACAAACCCUUUGCAAGCAUGGCUUCUCUACCCCUCUAUCAUGGUCAUAUACCUCUUGCAAUUCAAGCACAUUCCAUGAUCCACAAGCCUUCUUCUCAUGUUUCCUCAAAUGGGUUUGGAAGCUCAUGUGGAUCACAUCAUAACCUUUGGUCAAAACCCCUUAUAGAUCAACAAGCAGGAAAAGCAAAGCUAGCUAUGGCAGAUUUUCACAGACCAACAACAUCAGCAUUAUUAUCAUCAUCAAGAGGAAGUGUUGGUAGGUUUGAAGUGGUAGAUACUGUGAUGAAUUCUGCAGUCAAUAAAGAAUAUUUGGUUACUGGUGGAACUCGUUUGAAGGCUAGUAGUAAUCAAGAAGAAAUCAAACACCUUGAUUUAUCCCUCAAGCUUGGUUAGUAAUUUUUUUUAAUUCAGGAUAGUUGAGAUUUUGCCACAGUGUGAAAUAACUUUGUGUAAAUUUGUUUAUGAGAGGAUCAAAGCUCUUUUCUUGUUAAUGAUUUUCAGAAUCAUUCUAGUAAGGAGUGCCUGAUUGUCUGAUUGAGUUGGAAUUUCUAAGUUUGUUUUAUUGUUUUUCUCUA